AUGGCGAAUAAUAGGAAGCACAUAGCUAAAAAUCUUCGCAGUUCUUUCUUUUUCGUUCAUUUCCGAUUAUCUAUGAGAAGCGUUGAAAGAAUGAUAAUGGAAGCAUUUAUAUUGCUGAUUAUUAUAGAAAGUAUACUUUAUAUUGGGUUGGGUUUGGGAAAAAUUCCUAGUGAGAACCAUGAAAUAAAUGAAGAAAUAUUUAAUGAACGUCAAACAAAAAUAGUCGAGCAAGGUGCCAAAUUGGCUGAAGCAGUCCCGCAUUUCUCAAAUAUUAUUUUCUACAAGUUAACAGCGAUAACUAAGGCGAUGGACAAUUUUCGAAUUCGUCGGCAACUCUACUGUGAUUCCUGCUUUACAGAAGAUCGUGAAGCAACGGCUUUAAAUGCAUUACGAAAAUGGCUACAUGAAACAGCAGAAAAAAUUGGAGCCACUGAGGAAAAAAUUAAUAAAAAGCUUGUUACAGUCAACGAAUUAAAACGAUUGGCAUCAGAUCAGCAGAUUAUGAUGCUGCAAAAUUAUUAUUUUCUUCUUUUAUGGUGUUCCGCGAUCAUUUCGCUAAAAUCUCUGGAAUGGCUGGCACUCUUUACUUUUGCCACAUCUAAUUUUCAUUACCCGUCAUAUAUUCAGCAAGAAUUUGGUUCAUUAAUAUUCUAUCUUCGUGCCGAUUAUCACCCUGAAAUUCGAAUCGAAAUUAGGAAGCGAAAUAUUAUUUUUUUGGUUUAUGAACGUGAAUUUUCACCAUGCUAUAUGCAUUAA